ACACAAGCGAAAAAGUAACACAAGCGAAAAAGUAAACAUUUUUUAUUUUUUAUUAUUUUUUAAAAAUGAAAUACAACGCAAUUAACGGCUUUUUCCCAUUGUAUUAUAUUGUUGUUUGUUUCUUUGAGGGAGCCAAGAUUCUGGGCAUUGACUUUGUGAGAGAGAGAGAGAGAGAGAGAGAGAGAGAGAUUCCUUAACGAGGCACAGAAGCAGGAGGUUUGUGGGGUUUUGCUUUUUGGUUUAGAAAUGCCAAAGCCCUUUGACAUGUAAUGAAAUGUAAGAGGGUGUGUUUGAAAUGAAGCCCCAGUGGGGAUGAGGCUGGGGGCUUUCUCUUUCUUUUAUGUCGAAAAAGACGAGUAAAGUGAUUACAAGUGCCACAGUUGUUUGGACUUUGGUAUCCAAAGCCAAAAACCACACCUCAAGCAGAGAGAGUCAACUACCCUCUUUCCCUACUUAAAAAUAGGGGACUUAGGAAGGGAAUGUAGUGAGAGUGAGAGUGAGAUUGUGGCUCUUUCCCUUUGUCUUUGCUUUUUUUUUUGUGUGUGUGUGUGUGUGUGUGUGUGUAGGUUGCUUUUGCUUGUGAAAUGGUGGGGGGUGAAUGGAUAAACAAUUAAACCCUCGUGUGUGUGUGUGCGUGUGUGUGAUGCACCGUGUGCUCCGCCUCUAAAAAAGUGUCAACGCCAAACAAAAAGACCUCCCAAGGAAGCUUCCCACCUCCCUUCCUACUUCCUCUUUUCCUCUCUCCCUUUCAUCUACUUUAUUCACCUCCUUCUCAUUUCUCACUUCUCACUGCCCAUUUUUAUUCAAACCCUUUGACACUCACAACCCUGUCACUCUCUACUAUCUAACUUUGCUGCCUUCCAUUCGCACUCCCCAAGCUCAAGCUCAUGCUCAAGCAGGUGAUGGAGCUUCUUGAUGAUUGCCCCGUUUAUGUAACAAAACGGAAGAGAAAUUCAGAAGAAGAUGAUUGCAUUUUCAGUGGCUUCUCUAUGGAUGAGCUUAAUGAAGACCUCCUUGAAAGGAUCCUUUCAUGGCUACCACCCUCCGCUUUCUUCCGCCUUACUUCAGUGUGCAAAAGAUGGAAAUCAGUUGCGGCUUCUGCAAGUUUCAAGCUUGCUUGCUCUCACAUUCCUUCCCGGGAUCCAUGGUUCUUUAUGGUUGAUCCCAAUCUCAACCGGUUGGUUGUCUUUGAUUCAGCUGAAAGAAACUGGAAGAGGCUAAAUCAUCCACCUCUUCUCCAGCAAAGCUCCAACUACAAUUCCAUGCCUGUUGCAGCCUCUGGUGGCUUGAUCUGUUUCCGCAAUUCAUCAGGAAACUUCAUUAUAUGCAAUCCUGUUUCGGGAUCCUGUACUGAACUCCCUACACUGGAAGCAGAGAUACAAAAUCUCCCUCUCCAUGCCAUUGUGAUGAAUACAUCUUCGAAUUACCACCCUCACUCGUACAAGCUUGUCCUGGUCUUAGGUGAAUUUCCAAAACUUUCAUGUAAAGUUUACGACUCUAGCAUUGGUUGCUGGGAAGAUGAUAUAUCUUUAGACAGAAAGGUCGACGAUUCCAUGGAAUUUGAGUCAAAUGAUGACAAUGCUGUCUACUUUCUCAGUAAAGCUGGGAAUGUAGUUGCAACUAACAUGCAAAGAAGUCCAUCUAAGCAAUACUCAUCAGUAAUCACAAAUAAAGACGGCGAGGAGAUAGUCUACUUCCUUAGUUCCACCGGUAAGGUUGUUGCUUGCAAUCUGACCUGCAAGCACUUUUCCGAGUACCCAAGGCUAUUGCCUGUCUUCUCCGAGUACUCCAUAGAUGUUGUGGAGUGUAAAGGUAAGAUGCUUGUCGUGCUGUUGUCAGAAUUCUUUGAGAGCGCAAGUGUAAGAGUGUGGUGGUAUGACGAGGAUGGUCGAUCUUGGAACCAGAUUGCUGCAAUGCCUCCAUCAAUGUCGCAUGAGUGGUAUGGCAAGAAGGUGGACAUAAACUGUGUAGGGGCUGGUGAUCAGAUACUGAUAUGCUUAAACUCUGCUGACCAGUUCCGCUAUGUUGUAUGUGAUUUGGUGGCCAAUGAAUGGGUUGAGUUGCCCAAAUGUUGUAUAAAUGGUGAAGCAAUAGAGUUCAUGUCUGCACUCUCAUUUGAACCCCGGAUUGAAGCUGCUGUGUGAGAACCGAAUGAUUUGAAGAUUGAAGAUUAGGAUUUAGGAAUGGAAUCUCUGAUUUAAUUUGUUUCAUUUUUUAUUUUUAUUUUCUAGUAUUCUUUUAGCAUAUUUGUUAAAUUUUAUUUGGAUUGUUUAAGCAAAAUAGUCAAUCGAAAUUGGCAUGUAGUUAACUAACAUAUGAAUGUAACAGAGUUAUUCCUUUGUUGGUUUGUUUUUCUUA